UGGCAGAUCGAUAGGGGAUGAAGUUGCUUCAAGACGCUUUUAAGUUCACCCGAGAUAGUGAAAAUCUAGUUCAUAGCAUCUGAAUACCAAGAUUACAGGAAUUUCUUGGCAGAAGCAUUGUCAUUUACCAGUUGUUUUGUUAUAGAUAUUGAUAGAUGUCUUCAUUUGCUCUAUAUCAGAAUGGAGAUUGUGUUGAUGGCAUUCCAGUUAUGGAGUAUGGUGACUCUCCAGAAGCCAACACCAUUCUUCAAACUCAGUCAGAUUGUUAUGAUGUGGGCGAGGAAUUUGGGGAGCGUGAUAUUCUUCCCCGUAUUGGAGAUGAGUAUCAGGUCGAGCUUCCUACACUUACUAGAGAACCCAAUCACAUGUCCUACACUGAAAUUGGAAAUCACUCCUUCCAAGAUUUCUUUGUUGGGUUGCCAAUACCACUAAUUUGGAUCAACUGUGGAAAAAAUAACUGCCCUCAAAUUGCUCUAGGCUCCAGACGUCCACAUCAUAAGAAUGUGAUUGAAAAGGAGACUUUGUGCAAUGGUGACAGUGAGUCUUCACACAAUUCAGUGAAGGUGGAGAUAAAGAGUUUACCAGCUGUCUUGCUGCAACGAAUGUGCAUUGAUGAAGAUCAUCUUCUGGUUCCCGGAUCACUCAGUGAAAGUUGGAGCGAUGCUGAAAAAGCUAGUUUCAUUCUCGCCUUAUACAUAUUUGAGAAGAAUUUUGUUGAAGUGAGGCGAUUUGUUGGAAGUAAAGGUCGGAAGACGAAGAGCAAGAAAUGUGUUUAUGGCCAGAGGAUAUUCUCUGGGUUGAGGCAGCAGGAACUCUUGUCUAGAUUGUUCUCUAGGGUCUCGGAAGAAUGCAAAAGUUCUUUACUUGAGGUCUCUAAAACAUUUGGAGAAGACAAAAUAUCAUUAGUCGACUAUGUCUCUUCUCUGAAGGUUACAGUGGGGUUGGACCUCAUUGUAGAAGCUGUUGGUGUUGGUUUGGGCAAACAAGACCUGACCGGGAUGGCCUUGGAACCUCAGAGGUCGAACCAUGUGACCCGUUCAGAGAUACCAGCAGGAAAAGCAUGCUCCGCGCUGACAACUGCUGAAAUCAUCAAAUUCUUGAGCGGAGAUUACAGGCUGAGCAAAGCUCGUUCCAAUGACCUGUUCUGGGAGGCCGUUUGGCCUCGUUUGCUGGCAAGAGGCUGGCAUUCGGAGCAGCCCCAAAACCAGGGUUACAUUGCUGGUUCCAAGUUUUUGGUUUUUCUUCUUCCCGGUGUUAAGAAAUUCUCAACUUGGUUUAGCAGCACCUUCACCUGUUGA